AUGUGGGAUGGGCGAGUGUUGCGCAUCCUCCUGCAAACAGCCGCCAUGGGCCAAUUGCUGGCGCGGCGCGGGAUCACCCUCAAAGAAACGCCCGGUGCAAGCACGAAGGUUGUCCUGUCGUCCGCAUACGAGAUGUUCCGGCAAUUACUCUGGAUAUGGCCGUCCCAUAUUGGCCGUCCAGCCACAAGCUGGAUCGACGCCGCUCGCUGGCCAGGCGACAGGCUUGCGACUGCAUGCUGCUGCUGCAGCGUCACCCACACUGUCGAAUCCUCUGGCGGACGGCCAAUGGCGGGCUCCCGCAAGGCAGAAGGCAGACGGCAGCGCUGUGAAGCCACUCCAGGCUCAACUAGACUAUUAUCAGCGGACAGCGGAGGAGACGUGAGAGAAGGCCGUGGAGGCAGAAGCUGGUGGAAUCCGAGCGCAGCCGCCGUCUCGUCGCUGGCUGCCCGACGCGGUUGA